GACGACAGGACCUAUCACGUCGUGGGCGUUGAGCCUUUGGUGGACAACGAGGAGUUUGUGCACCAUUUCGUGUUGAGGGGGUGCAGCGAGGGGACAGACGCCCCCGGGGAGCCCAUACCGGACGUGGAAUCCAUGAUAGUACAAUGCUUGGAGUUCCUCUACGUUUGGGCCCCAGGAACCGGCAACUUCUCUUCUCCCAAGAACGGUGGCAUUCCUGUCGGAAAGAGCACCCGCCGUCUCGGCGGCGAGCUUGAGAUCCAUUAUGACAACCCCUUGGGCAAGAAGGGACAGAGGGACAGUAGUGGAGUGCGCAUACACCUUACACCGGAUCUUCGCAAGGACGAGGUGGGCAUCCUAUGGAGCGGCACCAUCGUCAACGUGGGUCUGCUUCCUCCCAAGAUGGAUACCAUUUACUCAUCCUCAAUCUGCCAGCUUUCCAUCAACGAGACGGCCGCCCCCGGCGGCGUGCAGGUCUUCGGCUACAUGCCCCACAUUCACCUCACGGGGCGGCGAAUUUGGACCGACCGCCUGGUCGUCAAGUCGCGGGGCCGUCCUUCGAACGGCAGCUUCGUGACAGACCUCAGCGAGCUGGAGAAGGUUGACGAACUGUCGCGGGACGACGCUUAUGACUUCAAUUUGCAGCGCUUCAGUCGCAUGGCCCCCACGCCCCUGCGCGACGGUGACUUCUUGGCCACCACCUGCAUUUUCAACACAAUGGACAGGGUGGAGAUCACCAGCGGCGGCCUUGGCUCGUAUGACGAGAUGUGCAGCGCCAUCUACUACUACUACCCCGCCCAGGCACUUGAGGACAUGCUCUUCUGCUCGGGGCCCCGAUAUUUCGGCACCUCGCUGCCCCGAGACGUGACGUCAUUCAUGGAAAUCGCCGACGCCGAUGACGUCGGCACGGCGGUGCCCAAGUGGCGCCAGGCCUACCUGUCUGGCGAGCUGCAGUGCGACAGCACCGGCCUCAAUUCCGUCGACAUCAUAUACAAAAGUCUCUCGCCUGAAUUUUGGGACGAAAUUGAAAAAACGUGCGGGAAGGCGUCGGCGACCGCUCUGAAUUUUGGAGGCGACGCGCAGGCUGCCCUUUGGGAGUGCUCGAAAGAUUGCGCGAGGCUGCUGUACAACCACUUGGGGUGCGCACUGCUUGAAGACGCGGUGCAAGACGACGGGACUGCCUUCAGCCUGUAUGCGUCCCCUCUGGAAGGCCUGGUGGAGGAGAAAUGCCACGAGAAAUUCAUGGAGAUCCACCAGGAGGAUAAGGUUUCACCUGUGGAUGCAUCUCAGGGUUGA